AUGGAUAGCGAUGAGAGUAUAAAAGGCUUUGAGAAUCAAUUGGUUCAGCAUUGUGUCAAUAUUAUACGACUCAUAAGUGAUGAUAUAAUAUUAAAAGAUACAUCUUAUGAUAGUUUCUUUCAAGAAAACAAAGAUCUUUUUAAAAAGUUUUUAUCUGAUAAGUGUGCUGAUUCAAUUCUUUGUGUAAGUUUAGACAGUGACACUGAAAAAAUAAUAAUAGAUGAUCAUAUUUCAGAAAAGUUCUUCACUAAUAAGACUUCUGACUCUUUUAAUCUAUUGAAUCCAAUUAUUUUACUUUUAAAAACUCAAACUACACUGAAUUUAGAACAAAGUCUAAAAUCCCAGUUAGAAAUACUAAUAGUUCCAACAGAAGUUAAUAUAGAUACGAUAAGCAAUCUUUUCUCAAAAGGGGUUGGUUCCCUUUUGGAUUAUUUUACUAAUAAAUCUCAACUAAACAACUUAUCUCAAGUAUAUGUAGAAAAUACAAAACAAAAAUUACUUGAAAUAUCUAAACGUUUUCAUAAUAUUAAUGCAAAUAUAGGAUCACUCCGAAUUUCAGAAUCAUUAGAUGAUUCAAUCAAAAAUGUAAUUACUAAAGGUGCAACAUUAGAAACAUAUCGAAAUUACAUUAAUGAGGAUUUAUUGAUUGAUUCAUCAUUUCUGAAUAAUUUAUUAAAUUCAUUAAACCAAUGGAUACGACAUUGCCAAUUUUUGAAAACUUAUGAACCACCAUUACCAAGUAAUCUGACUGAUGAAAUUGAAGAAUGGAUAAAAUAUAAAAAUAUAUUAACUAUAACUUGUAAUGAAUUGGAUUCCACCAGUUAUAAAGUUAUAAUAGAUAUUUUAGUUAAAGGAAAACGUCUAAAAUUAAAUGAUCCAAUUUUAGCUAACUGGGACAUACAGUCUAGGUUACACACUGUAUCGAAAAUUCUAGAUUUUUUAACAAACUUAGAAGUAGAAAACCUUAAAUCAGUCAAGAACACAGAACAACUGACAACUUACCUAAUAAAGUUAUCAUCAUCUUUACGAAGAUUUCGUUUCUCAGAUUAUCCAGUUACCCGUUUUAUAGCUUUUAUGGAAAUGCUGACUAACUUUAUAUUUGAAAAUGUAUUCAUAAUUAGUCCCAAUAUUUUUAAAAUUUCACUACAACAAUUUAUAGAAAUCCGAGAAUAUCUUUUAGAUAUAUGUUCACAAUGGGAUACAAUGUCUAGGGAAAUGAUCCAACAGAUUAGAGAGAAGAUAAGAAAAUCAAACUUAGAAUUAUCCAUUCCCAUUGAAUUUAAUCAUAUAACCAAAGCAUUAAGACUAAGAUUAGACACAAUAAAAGAUAUUAAAGCUGAAGAAUGUUCUCUUUCUGAAGCUUUUGCAAAUGUUUACGAAGAGAAUUUGGAACUCGUUAACUGGAUAUAUACACCCAUAAAAUCCCUAAAUAAUAAUGAUAUUUUCAUAGAGGCUAUAAUAGCAUCAUCAAUAAAAGAAUUUAAUGAAAGAUUAUUUCAAGUAGAAACCAAGUUGAUUGAAAGAUAUAAUAAUGUGAUAGCAAAUUCAGCCUCUGAUGAGCUUUUCGAUGAAGUUAUUAGGUACAAACCAUUACUUACGUAUUUUCCAUCCUUAAAACUAAGAUUGCAAGAUACAGAGCAUUUAAUUUUAAGUUCAGUGAAAUCAAAUAUCACUUCCUUAAAAAGCCAGCUCAUGUAUAAUGAGGCAAUGAUCCAAUCUCUUCAAAAUUUGGGACUGGCUGAACUAUCCUCAGUACUUGUUCAAUAUAUUUCCUUCAAUAAUAAGGUAAAUUCUAUCACGUCUAAUAUGGAGACAUUAUUGGGUCCAAAUUGGAAAUACCUGCCUGAAAGCACUACCGUUGCUAGAGAUUGUGAGUAUAUACAACAUGAAACUGAGAUCAAGAAACUUCUCGAUACAUGGCUUACUAAUUUACCUGGAUAUCAUAAUGAUUUAAAAAGUACUGUUAUUUUAAAAAUUUAUGAAGAAAGCAAGAAAGAUGCAUCACAAUUACAAUUGAAGGUCAAUUUUAACUUUGAAUUAAUAAACUAUCAUAAAGGUCUUAAGAGUUUUUUAUACUAUAAUUUUCAAAUUCCAACAGAAACUGUCCACAAAUUUCUUGAAGUGAACUCGGCUUCAUCUCUUGCAAUUCAUUUGAAGGAAACACUUCAAAACUUUUUUUAUAUUCUUAAGCAAUUAUCCAAGUUUAAGUUUUUGCUAUCUUUGCUUCAAAAAGAUAUUGAUUCAGUAUGGUUUAUUCUCAAAAAAGGUCUUUCAAUUUCUUGGCGUGACCUAACCGUGGCAACGCAUAAUAACAAUUAUGAUAUGAACUUUAUUUCAAUUCUUGACGGAGCUGUAUUGCAGCUUAUUGAUAGAUAUCAUAGAUUGGUCCAGACUGAUCAAAAUAUAAUUCAAUAUUUUGAAAUUUACAAAAAUGGUGAGAAUAUUAUUGAAGACUUUGCUUCUUUAACUAAUCAAUUGCGAGAUAUCUCAAGUGAAUUACUCGAAGAGGACUGGAAUAAUGUUAAAGGUUUUGUAGAUUUAUUAAAUGUGCAUAUAUUUAAACUUUUAACAAAAAGAAUGGCUGACUACUUUGCAUUGAAUUUCUUUGAGAUCCAAACUAUUAUGGUCUCUCUAGAUAAUGGGGAAAUCUCUUUCAAACCAUUAAUAAAUGAUAUCAAGAGCUUAUGGUUUCAUAAAAUAGAAAAGUUUAUAUCCAUUUGCACAACAAUUCCAAUAAUAUCUAAUGGCAAAAAUAGUAAAAAAAUAUACUUUAAGAAAAAACAGAUUAUAGAGGCACUUAUUACUGACUUAUCCACUAUUUAUAGUACCAUUGACCAAUAUUGCAUAGCUGGUGAAAAACAUUUCACGAAGUGGAAGAGUUACGAGUUUCUAUGGGAUAUAAAUGAAUAUUACCUUCAAGAAUACUUGUCUAGCAGUUUUACAGAAUCUAUCAAAGUUUUGAAAAUGUUCCACAACAAAUUAAAAGAUUUUGAAAAUACAAUACAGGAAAGUGAAAUUGUAGGCAUUUUUAAAAUCGAUUCUGAUAGGGCAUAUCAGAAUGUUUUAAACAAAUUAAGAUAUUGGAUAUAUUUUACUAUUGAAAAGAUACUUCCAAUUUAUGACGAAAAUGUUAAAAAUUUAAGAGAUUGCAUUCUUAAGCAGAUAGAUGAACUUUCAACAAUAUCUAUUGAUCAAUCUUCUAUUCAUACAAUAUUGAAAUUUGUUGAGAUUACUGAUAAAAGUGGGCAUUUGCAAGAUAUAUGGAAAGCAAAAAUUCAAGAACUCCUUUCGAUAGAACAAAUCUUCAAAAUAUAUAAAGUGAAAUUUCCUAAAAAGCACAUAUUUCUUAACCAAGUAGAGUUUGAUAUUAGUACAACGGAUCAGCUUGUGAAAAAACACCAAAAAUAUUUGAAAGAUAACCGUGGUGCUAUCUCUGAACUUUUGAAUAUUUACUUUAAUAAUGUGUCUAAAAAUUUAAUAGAAUUAGAGAGGAGUUGGGAAGAUUUUAAGUUAAAUAUGGUUUCAGAAGAGUUGAAUUUGAUAAUUAAUGUUCUUAAUUCUAUUGAAAUCAAGCUAAGUGAAGUAAUUGAAAAUCGCAAUCUUAUUCUUAAAACUGCAAAAGCACUCUCUUACCCCAUAUCAUAUGUCGACAACACAGAAUGUACUACAUCUGAAAUUAACAAUUAUAUAGAAAUUUGGAAGAAAGUCUCUGCAAUAAAUGGACUACUUAAUGAAUACCUACAAACAUCCUGGAAAAAGUGUUCUAUCUCUGAUUUAUCAGUAUUUUGUACCAAAAGUAUAAAAGAACUAAACCAUUUUUCAUCUAUUAUUAAGAACACUAGGGUUUAUAAUAAUAUUCAACAGAUACUCUCUGAUAUUCUCAAGAUAAAAGAAGAGCUUACACUGCUAAAAGAUUCAGCCAUAAAGCAACGACACUGGUGUGACAUAUUUAGGCAACUUUCUUUGAGUGACUUUAAUAUAUCUUUUGUGGAGGAUAAUCAAUUUAGUUUAAAUGAUGUACUAGCUCUGAAGAUAGAGUCACAUAAAGCUACAAUCAACAAUAUUAUCGAACAUGCCCAAAAAGAAUAUGUCAUUGAAAAAGCACUUAAUAAUAUUGAUAAUCAUUGGCUGCAUAUCAACUUACAGUAUAAUGAGCAUAACACUGGAAUGAUACUUGUAAAUGAUUGGGAUUUAGCAGCAAGACAAUGCCAUGAAGAUUUGAGUGAAUUAUUGUCGAUGAAAAAUUCUACUUAUUUCAAAUUAUAUAGUAACCGUUGUACAGCCCUGACAGAGAAAUUAAGUUUACUUUCUAUUAUUUUAUCAACAUGGUGUGAUGUCCAGUUUAAGUGGCUAUCAAUGUUUGACAUUUUUGGAAAAAAUAAUAAAAUAAAAGAGUUGCUACCUCAAGAAGAGUCUCGAUUCCAUUAUGUUUCUACAGAUAUGAAAAAUUUACUCAAAAGAGCACUCUCUCUAAAGCAUCUAAUUGAUAUUUCCUCUAUUCCUAAUUUUCAUCUAUCACUCUCAAAAAUACUUGAUGUAUUAGUUUCUAUACGUAACUCGCUAAAUGAUUUUCUAGAAACUUACAGGGAACAAUAUCCAAGGUUUUAUUUUUUGGGAAAUGAUGAAUUAUUAAAAAUACUUGGGUCUACUAAUUCAAUAGAAACAGUAUCUAAAUACAUGCAAAAGAUGUUUGGGUCUAUUUCCAAUAUUGAGAGUAAGGAUGAAAUUAUCUAUGGUGUUAAAUCUGUUGAAGGUGAGUCUUUCAGUAUAGAAAAUACAAUAAACAUAUCUACAUAUGAAGCUCCUUCUCAGUGGUUGACCCAAUUAGAACAACAAAUAAGUAAAAGCUUAUUAAGCAAUAUUAAAAGUUGUUCGAAUAAAUUAUUUAAAGGUACUCAAAUUUGUGAUCUAAUUGAUAUAUAUCCAUUUCAGAUUUUAUUAGUAUCUUUUCAGAUAUAUAUGACAAAAGUAAUUGAUUUAGCAUCCGAGAAGUCUGAUAUAACAAAUAUUCUAAAGAACUUAAAAUGUUUGAAAGAAAAGUUACAAGUAGAAAUUAAUAACUCAGAUUCUGUAGACAUGAUUAUCAAAAGAAAAAGAGAGAAUAUACUUGUUGAGGUGCUGUAUUAUAUUUUUACUACAACUACAUUAUUAGAAAAUGAAAAAAAGUUCAUGUCGUCUAUUAAGUGGAAGUAUAUCCAUAGAAUGUACUUUGUGAAUGAUGAUACUUCUAACAAAACUUAUCUGAUGUUUUCUCAUGGCUCAUAUACAGUAAAUUAUGGGAUGGAAUACAUCGGUAUUCCUGAAAGACUUAUCUAUACUAAAAAUUUAAUCCAAUGUUCUAUUUUCUUAAUGGAAUCAAGAGGUCAAGGUUAUGGAGCGUGUUUAUUUGGUCCCGCUGGUACAGGAAAAACAGAAAGUAUAAAAAUGUUGGGGCAAAAUGUAGGUAAAGUUGUUGCUGUAUUUAAUUGUGAUGAAACAUAUACCUUUUCUGUGAUUUCAAGAUUAAUAUUUGGGAUUGCUCAAGUUGGUGCAUGGAGUUGCUUCGAUGAGUUUAAUAGACUUAACGAAAAUGUUUUAAGUUCUGUGACAAGUAAUAUACGUUUAAUCCAAGAUUCUUUAUAUUUCAAAAGGAAUUAUGUUGCUUUAAAAACAAAAUCUAUAUGUAUUCAGAGAUCUACAGGUAUUUUUAUUACGUUAAAUCCAGAUUAUGAAGGUCGAUCCAAGUUACCAGAGAUUUUAAAAAAUAUGUUCAAGGAGUUUUCAUAUUAUGCUCCUCAUGAACUUGAAAUUAUCAAUGGUAUAUUAGAUACUCAAGGUUUUAUUCCAGACAAUAAUUUGUCUAACAGUUUCCUCAAUUUUAUUAUGCUACUAAAAAAUAAUUGUAGCAAGCAAUUACAUUAUGAUUUUGGGCUUCGUACCAUAAAAAGAAUUUUGAUGACCUGUAAGAAAUAUAAAUACAAUUAUACCUUGAAGAAUGCCCUUGUAAAAUCAACAAGAAGAAUUAUUCUUCCAGUUUUGAAUGAUACUGAUAGUCAACUUUUUUACAAAUAUGAAACAAUUAGUUUCAGUGAUGUUCUUUCUGAUAAUGUAAUGGAACACCAAGAAAUAUUUGAAAAAGUCCUUUUUGAAGAAUACAAGAAACCUUCUGCGGAUUUCUUAAUCAAAUGCCAACAAUUAUAUGAUUUACAAAAAACGCAACAGGCAAUAAUUUUAUUGGGAAAAGCCGGAUGUGGUAAAAGUACAAUAUGGCGCACAACCUUAAAAGUUAUAAAAAGAAUAAAUGAUACUUAUAAUAAAGUAUAUAUAAUUGAUACCAAGGUUUUAUCAAAAGACGAAUUAUAUGGCUCGUUGAACAUGGCAACUCUAGAAUGGCAAGAUGGUGUAUUCACACAAAUAGUGAGAAAUUGUUAUGCAUGUUUGCAAAAUGGUGCAAAAAAAGAAGACGUCUGGAUUGUGUUUGAUGGUAGAAUUGAUUCAGAGUAUGCAGAAACUAUUAAUAGUGUUCUUGAUGAUAACAAGCUUUUAACAUUACCCAAUGGUGAGAGAAUUCCAAUAGCUCCAAAUAUCCACUUACUUUUUGAAACAGACACAUUACAUUUUGCUACACUAGCAACUAUAUCCAGAUGUAGUCUAAUAUGGGUUGGUGAUACCAUAAUUUCUAAAUAUGAUAUAUUUAUUAAUAAACUCUUUUCGAAAAUGCAGCAAUUGGUUGAGGAUAAUGUUUUGUCAAGUACUUUUUUUAAUGACAUAACACAGGUGAUUAGGGACAUACUACCUUAUACUCUGUGGGAACAAUUAAACAAAACAACUCAAAAUUGGACCAGCGUAUUCAAGGAUAAUAUUUGUAGUACAGAUAAUGCUUUAGUGGCUGGUAUUGUAUCAUUUCUAAUAUCUUUUGGUUCUCUACUUGAACAAAAGGAUUCUGAGUUCAUAAAAAAUAUUCUUAGUAAACGAAUAUAUCAACUUUUGAUAACUAUUUUUACCGAUGAAUAUGAAAAGAAAGAUUUGAAUGAGUAUAAAGAAAUUUUAUCUAAACAUUUUUUAUUGGACACAGAUGUUGAUAAUAUGGUCUUUAAGAAGCUAAAUGAUGAAUUGACUUUAGUACCUUAUGAUAUUCCUUCUACAAAGUUAAAUGUAAAGAGUUUUGAUAGAUCUGAUCUUGUAAUUACUACAAGAGAUACAAUUUACCACUCUGAACUCAUUUUGGAUUUUUUAGUUUCUAAAAUACCACUUAUAUUUUGUGGUCCAGCUGGGGUUGGUAAAACUAUGAUAAUUAAUAAGGUAUUACAUGCACAUGAUAAAUAUGAUUUAGUGUCGAUGAAUUUUUCAAAAGAAACAUCAAUAACUGAUUUAGUUUCUCUUUUUAAUCGUCAUUUAAUAUACAUACCUGACGGUGAUGGGUACAUAUUAUACCCAAGGAAUAAUGAAAAGGAAAUAGUAUUUUUCUUUGAUGAGAUUAAUCUUCCUAAAGUGGAUAAAUAUGAUUCUCAACCUGUUAUAUUAUUUUUAAGGCAACUUAUUGAAAAAGGAGGCUUUUGGAGAGGUUUGGAUAAUAAGUGGAUAUUUUUAAAGAAUGUACAUUUUAUUGGCGCGUGUAAUCCUCCUUAUUACUCUGGUAGAAGCAUGUUAACUUCACAAUUUUCUCGGCAUGCGGGUAUUGUCUUUUGCAACUAUCCAGCAAAGUCAUCUUUAAAACAUAUCUAUAACGUAUAUUUUAAUGCUUUAUUUGAAAUGGUUCCAAGUCUAAAAAUGUACUCAAAAGAUUUUACAGAUGCAUCUAUUGACUUAUAUUAUAUGUAUAUUAAAAGUUUUUCUGAAGAAAAAUACAUUCAUUACAUUGUAACACCUCGAGAACUAACUAGAUGGAUCAAAGGAUUACUAUUCGGUAUGCUUAAUGGUCCCAGACAAAAUUUUCUUUCAAUUGUAAAACUUUGGGCUCACGAAGCAAUAAGAAUAUUUUCUGACAGGCUUGUUUCUAUUGAACACAAAACUAUAUUUUUUUCUAAUCUUCAGGAUGUUAUAACGAGAACUUUUGUUACUGUUGACUUCUCAGAAAAUAUAUUUGAUGAUUUCUUCUAUUCUAAAUGGUUUAGUGCAGAAUACAUUCAAAUAUCUAAGAAAGAGUUGAUACACCUAGUAACUCAAAAAUUUGAUAUUUUUUGUGAGGAAGAGAGAAUAGGUAAUAUUGUUAUUUAUGAUGCUAUGAUAGAUCAUAUGUUACGAAUUGAUAGGAUCUUAAGGCAGAACCAAGGUCAUGGAAUGCUAGUAGGUCCUAAUAAAAUAGGUAAAACGACGAUGAUUAAAUUUGUUGCCUGGAUGAAUGGUAUUCAUAUCAUGCAACCUUAUAUUACAAAGGAUUUUACAUUAACUUCAUUUGACGCUUUUUUAAGGGAUGUUUUACUAAAAGUGUCAAUAGAUGAACAGGAACUUUGCUUACUAAUUGAUGAGUCAAAUAUGCUGGAUGCAGCAUUUUUAGAAAGAAUAAAUUAUUUACUGACAAAUUCUGAUAUUCCAGAUCUAUUUUAUGGGGAGGAGCUUUCAAAGUUAGAAAUAUCUUUAGAACAGAAAAUGAAUUCGUUCGGAAGAUUAAACAGUAGUAAGGAUGAAGCUUACAAAUGGUUUGUAAAUCAAAUUUCCAAAAAUUUGCACAUAUUUUUUACAGUUUCAGAUCCAUAUAAGGACAACAAAAUGAAUUCACCUGCGCUAUUUAACCGUUGUGUUAUAGACUGGAUUGGUCCAUGGGAUAUUCCUGUUCAAUAUAGUAUUGCACGAAAAAUUUUGACUCAAGUUCCAGUUAACAUAUUUGAUUUUAAAAAUGUUGAAAAAAGCAAGUAUUGGAUUUUACCACAAAAUCCAUCCUCUAUGUAUGAAAUAUUAAUUAACAUUAUGAUACAUUUUGAUAUAGACUUUUUCAAAAUGGUCAAGCAAUAUGAACUAUCACCCUGUUAUUACCUGGAUUGUAUAGAUAUAUUUAAAAAUAUAUUUAUGAGGGAAUAUCAGACUUUGGAUGAUAACCAAAGAUUUAUUACUAACGGUUUAAAUAAAUUGAAUGAAUCCGUUCUUAAAAUGAAAGAAAUGCAAGAACUUUUAUCCAAAAAGCAAAAGAUUUUAGAAACUAAAGAAAGAGAGGCUCGAAAAACUUUAGAUACAUUAUUAUAUCAACAAAAUGAAUCCGAAAGGAAACAAGAAGCAACAGAAGAGAUAAGGCAAAUCCUUGUUGUACAUGAAGAACAGACAAUAAGGAGGCACGAAGAAAUUCAAAAAGAUCUUAGAGAAAUUCAGCCUAUAGUUGAAUCGGCAAGACUAGGUGUUAGUAAUAUUAAAAAACAACACCUUACAGAAUUAAAAUCCAUGAAUAAGCCACCUAAUAUUAUAAAAGUUGUAUUAGAAGCUGUUUGUUUUUUAUUAGGUUAUAAAUUUGAUUCAUGGAAAGAUAUUCAAGUCUUUUUGAGAAAAGAUGACUUCGUAUAUGAAAUUGUUCAUUAUGAUGCAACGAAAAUGAUGAAUAAUAACACAAGAAAUAUACUAGAAAAUAAAUAUUUAUCUAAUGAAAGCUUUAAUUUUUCUUCAGUAAAUCGUGCCAGCAAAGCGUGUGGACCACUGUACCAAUGGUUAUAUGCACAAGCCAAAUAUGCAAAUGUUUUAAAGAAUGUCAUUCCUUUACAAGAAGAAGCAAAACAUACAAAACAAGAAAUGCUGACAGCUAAAGCACGUCUUCUAGCUGCGGAGGAAAUGGUAGAGGAUUUAAAAGCUGAUGUUGAAUUAUCCAAGCAAAAAUAUAGCAGUUUGAUAAGGGAUGUAGAGGUCAUUAAAACAGAAAUGGAACGUGUUAAAGGCAAUCUAGAACGCUCCAGACUUUUGAUAAGCAGUCUUAGUUUGGAAAAGGAUCGGUGGUUAUAUUCAGUUAAUUCAUUUUCAAAAGAUAAACGUGCUUUAAUUGGAAAUUGCUUAAUCACUGCAAUAUAUUUCUCAUAUUUUGGGCUAUUAGAUGAAAAACAAAGAAAUAUAAUGCUUCAUUCAUUGUUUAAUUUGAUGAGUAAAUGUUCUUUGGAAUAUUCUAUUAGUUAUAAUUUUAUAGACAGCAAUGUGAAAAUUGAUGAAAAAACAUUAUGGAUAGAAAAUGGAUUACCAAACAACGAUUUUUAUUUAGAAAAUUUUUGUUUAUUGAUUAAUAAUCAUGGAUUAAUACCAUAUUUUAUUGAUCCAGUUGGAGUAAUUAUGGAUGUUCUAAAAAAACAUUUUGGUACCAAGCUAGUUGUUAUUAGCUUUUUAGAACCCAAUUAUUUAAAAAGAUUGGAAAAUUCUAUCAAGUUUGGAAGUGUUACUAUUAUUGAAGAUGGUGAAUUUUAUGAUCCAGCAUUAAAUAGUAUAUUGUCUAAAGAAUAUCAAGUUGUCUCAGGUAGAACUAUCGUAAAUAUUGCAAGUAAGGAUAUUGACGUGUCGCCAGAGUUUCAAUUGUUUAUUUGUUCCCGUGAUCCUCAUGCGAAGAUUUCAAAUUUUGUUAGAACAAGAGUUCGGAAAAUUAACUUUGCUAUUACUGAAGGAAGUGUUGAAAUACAAUCUCUUCGUCUUACACUAAUGAAGGAAAGUCCAGAAUUACUACAUAAGAAGGAAGAAUUGAAUAGCAUUAAUAGUAAAUAUAAAGUUCGAUUAAGAAAUUUGGAAAAAGACUUACUAGAAACCUUAAAUGAUUCCGAAGGGAAUAUAUUAGAUAGUAAUGAUUUAAUUAAUACUCUAGAGAAUAUCAAACAUGAGUCACAAAAUAUUGAAAAUAAAGUCAAAGAAACUGAUAAAUUGAUUGCCACAUAUAAUAAAACUACCGAGAAAUAUGCUCCACUUGCAGGACAUUGUACCAGAAUUUUUGCAAUUAUAAAGCAGUUUAGUUCUUUGAGUUGGUUCUUUAACAUACCGAUAGAACAAUUUAUGCAAAUAUUUGAAUCAAUCUUUGCUCAUCCAGAAUGUAAGGAAUCGGCAGAUAUAAAUAAAAAUAUGGAUAAUUUAAUAAAGCUUUUGUAUAGAAAUAUCUAUUCAAUGCUUUCAGUAAACUUUGACAAGAUAUCACAAAAAAUUUUAGCAAGUUUGUUAUAUUUGACUUACAUUGACAAUACUUCUGACGCAAAUAACACCCUAAUUGUAUUAAAAAUUUUAAAAUGCUUUGCCAGUCAGGAAGAAGACACUUUUAAUCUGUCAGAUAAAAUUACUUAUGAUAAUUAUUAUCAUAAUAGGGAAAUAUCUAAUUUAAUCAAACUUUUUAGGGACAGGAAGUUCAUGGAAAUAUUUUAUGAAUUCCAAUCAUUAUUUGGUCCGGAAGAUAAUCUUACUGAUUUAUUGUUUCAUUCUAGCGAUUGUCCAAUAAUUAUGGCCAAUGGACUUAAUGAGGACGGAUCAAUUGAGUUUGAACGUUUGGCACACAUGAAUAAUAAAAAAUUAAUAACUAUUCCAUUGGGUUCCAUUGAAAAUACACAAAUCAUAGAAAUGGAGAUUAAUCAAAAUGCAUAUUCUGAUAUGUGGAUUUUAUUACAGAAUAUUCAUUUAUCAGCAUCGUGGGUGGAAGAUUAUUUAGUAAAAACUGUAGAAGAAAUUGACAAUAUUAAAGAUAAGAGAAAACUGAAAGUUUUUAUGACUUGUAGUUUAACUAGUAAUCCUUUGCCUUUCAAAUUACUAGAAAAAUCUUAUAAAUACGUUUACGAAGGUAAUGUUAAGAUAUUAAAAAUAGUGAAAACCCUCUGGCUGAAUGAUGAAUAUAAAAAUUUUGUAAAGGAAAGAACCUUCAAAAGUGAUGAGAUUGCAAGCUACUGUAAUAAUAUAAGAUAUCUAUUAACGUGGCUACAUUCCAUCUUUGUCGUGAGAAGUCGUUUGUCACCAUAUGGAUUUACUAAAAGAUAUGAUUUCAAUAUCUUUGACUAUAAGUCUGUGCUAUUUUAUCUCCAAGCGUUAUUAAAUAAUUUUGAAAAUGAAGAAACCAUUACAUAUUUAAUAAAAUACUAUGUUAAAGAAAUCAUUUAUGGUGCAAAAGUAGAUGUUGCUGAAGAUAAGAAAAUAAUAAACUCAAUUUGUGAAGAGGUAUUAACUCCAGAAAAUAUUCCAGAAAAAGAUAAGGUUCUUAAAUUGCCAUUAUUACAAUCUACUGAAUAUACCUUGGAAAAAAUAAAAACAACAUUGGAGACAUUAGAGGAGCCGCUUGAUUUUAUAACCUCAUGGUUGGGGAUUUCUUCAGAAUCUAUCGAAAAUCAUGAUAAAGAACAAGUAAGGAUUAUUGCAAAAAGCAUUUUAAAUAUUUAUGAAAGAUGUAAUGAUUAG